UCUAACAAUUUUCGGCUUUUUGCAGUUAUUCAUUUGGACGAUAUUUGAAGGUAUUUUUGCCAGCGAAGAAAAAAAUGGAUUUGUGCAACCAUUGGACUUUGGAGCAAUAUUUGAUUCUGCAGAUGGUGGACCAGCACGUAUUCGACGAUAUACAAGUGGGAGACAAAGAGAAAAUUUAAGAAAAAAUAGCGAGGAAGAGGAAGAUCCAUAUAGUUAUAAAGUUGAAUAUAAUUCCAAACCUAAAGCUUUCGAUAGUGACCUGUAUAGCAGUGCAUAUAAAGAAGAGAAAAACCCAAAGAAAGACUACGAAUACCCUUACGGAUAUGACUCUGGGUAUGACCAUAAAGAAUACGAGCGCAUAAAAGCUUUAUCAGAGAAACAAGCCGCUGAAAUAAAACAAAACCCAGAAAAUUGUCAAGAAGUUAAAAAAGAUGGUAUGUCUUGCAUGUCUUGUAAAGACCCAAAAACAGGUGGAAAUUAUGAAUCCUGUUCAUAUGUCGCAGAACCAAAAAAUAAUAAAUAUGCGUAUUCAAAAGAGAGAAAGUUUGAUAGUAACGACGAACCCGAUGAACCAGAAAGUGAUGAAAAAGUUGAACAACCCAAAAAGUCUGCUAAAUAUCAGGAUGCUGACAAAAAAGAAACCCAAAAGUAUGCAAAAUUAACGGCAUCACAACCUGAGAAACCGUACAGCGACUAUAAAUCGCAAAACAAAGAUGACGAUAAUUCUGGCGAAAAAUACAAGUCUUAUUACGUCCAUAAUUCCAAACCAAGACCAAACGAGGCCCUGAGAGCUGCUGACGAUGAUAGUUCAUCAAAAGAAGAAACUGAGUCUGUAGCUAAACCCUAUGACUAUAAAAAAGCAUUGCCAGGUUUUUAUACCGAAAAUGAACCAAAAAAAGAUGUAGAGCAUGUUCUAGCCGAGUUUAAGAAAAAAGAUCGAUCUUCGUGUAAGAGGGUGCAGAAGAAUGGCAUGACUUGUUUCCAAUGCAUAGAUAAGUCAGGACUUAAGAAUGAAGAGUGUAUGUUUGUGUCAGAAUCUGCUCCUAAGAGGAGUCAUUUAGCAUACCAGGAAGUAAAGGAAUUCACUUCCAAGCCUGCUACGAUAGAAAAAGGACAAGAAGGCGCCGAAAGUCAAACAAUUACCACUAGUGCCCCCGCUGUACAAAAAUUAGCUGCUUACGUUGUUGAAAAUAAUAAUUAUGGUAAAAAAUUAAAACGUAAGAAGGCUCCUCAAGCGAUAGUCCCAGCUGCAGCAAAUCCUGCUCAAGUAACAGUUCCUGCUGUAGGAACUGCAAUACAGUCUCCAAAUACGAAAAAGUCAAAACGCAGCAUUGAGGCCGUAGCUGAAUCUAAAGCGACUAUUGUUGAUCUUACAAAUGUAGCGGCUCCUGAAGAAUUUGCCGGCGUUGACUCAAAGGGUGCAUUUUGGUCCGAAACUUUGCCAAGAUAUAGUGCUACACUAGGCGUCACUUUACCUGAAUUUAUGUUGACAAGGUCAGAACAUGAAGCAUCUUUUGACGAAAUUGUUGCAGGAGCGUAAAAUAUGAAACUAAUGUUAUUUUUGUUAAGUUUUAUUCGCCCACAUAAUUAAUAGUUUUUAGAGCGUGUCUGACUGGUCGCGACUAAAAUAAAGCCUGAAUUGGAGGCAACGGGUAAAGAUAUUUGUUACGGAAUCAUAAGAUUUCAGUUGGUCGACGACUAAGUUGACAAACAAGAAAGCUUUUAUUGUAUACUGUUUAUAUACAAUUACAAAUAGCUACAGCAAAGAAAGUAUCAAAUAUUUUAUUAGUUUAAUUUUUUAUUGGGACUGUACACUUUAUGCUAUGUUGUUAACUAGUUUUAUGU